CGUUGUUGGAAAAUAUAGGAACAUAACAAUUAGCUUUUAAUUUGUAUUACUAAUUAAUAACGCCUGCGAACUUUUUUUCUGAGAAUUUUCAUUUUCAUUGUGGAUUAAUAAUAUUGAUAGUGCUCUUAUAAAUUCUGGAUUUGCAUUUUGAGGAAAUUUGUGAUAAACCAUUAUUUUAACGUUGGAUAUCUUCCAGUCAAUAAAAUGAGUAUCGCCAUGAACGAGAAAAUCGAUCCCAAACAGGAAGAAAGGAAAAUGGAGAAACAAAAGGAUGCAGAAGCCUCACAACAAAUCGAAGUCCGGGAACAUACGACAUCGUACUUUGAAACGGCUUCUCAUCUUUUCAAGGGCAGUGUUGGAGCAGGUCUCUUUGCAAUGGGCGAUGCUUUUAAAAAUGGCGGGCUUAUUGGAGCUUCGAUUCUCUUGCCUAUUAUUGCCGUAAUAUGUGUGCACUGUGAGCAUAUGUUGAUAAGGGCAUCGAAAAGAGCUGUUUUGGCCACAAAAGGUGCUUCAUUUUUCGAUUAUCCAGAUACUGUGGAAAAGAGCUUUGAACUGGGCCCUAAAAGCUUCCGUUUUGCAUCGAAAUUUAUGCGCCUCGUAGUCGAAAUGUUCCUUUGUGUGACACAGUUCGGGUUCUGUUCGAUUUAUUUUGUUUUCAUUACCGAGAACCUUCUGCAGGUGUUCCAACAAAAUGGAAUUAAUCUGGAUUUUAAUGUUACAAUGACAAUAGCCCUGGUGGCUGUUCUUAUACCUUCGCUCUUAACCAACUUAAAGUACUUAGCUCCUAUAUCGAUGUUGGCGAGUAUAUCAUUAAUUAUCGGUAUAACAACCACGCUGAUAUUUGCCAUGAUCGAUGGACUUCCAGCGCCAAACCAACGCAAUUUGGUGACAGAUGGUCCGAAAAUGUCAUUGUUUUUUGGAACCGCAAUAUUUUCAUUCGAGGGUGUUGCUCUUAUCUUACCUCUACGCAAUGCCAUGAAGAAACCUGAUGGUUUUAACAGUCGAUUUGGUGUAUUGAAUGUUACGCUGGUUUUGAUAACAGCCCUUUUUAUUUUUACUGGGUUUAUUGGCUACCUAAAGUGGGGUGAAGAUGUCGCUGGUAGUUUGACUCUAAAUUUGGAUGUUACUGAUUGGAAAGCACAAGCUGUUAAGGUGAUUGCAGCUCUUGGAGUCUUUUUUGGUUACCCCCUACAAUUUUACAUAUUGAUACAAAUAAUGUGGCCUGGUGUUAAGGAUUCCAUCAAUUGCACGAAACGACCACUGAUGGGAGAGCUUUUCUUUAGAACUUUAAUGGUUUUACUGACAUUUUUUGUUGCUUUGAUUGUUCCUGCACUAGGACUAUUCAUAUCACUUAUUGGGGCACUUUGUUCAACAUCGUUGUCAUUAUUGAUACCCGUAAUGGUUGACUUCAUUGUUCGAUCCCAAGAACAAAAAUCGAUCGGUGCAUAUUUGUACCUUAAAAAUAUAUUGAUCUUGAUUGUUGCCGCUUUGGGAAUCGGAACCGGUACCUAUCAAAGUUUAACACAAAUUAUACAAGAAUUCCAUUUGUGAUAUGUUUGAGUAUAAUACCAACAUCAUAAUCUUAAAAAUUAUGAGAACUAUUGCAUGUGAUUAUUAUGCUGAAUUUUACCCACUGUUACCUACUUUUGUAAAUUUAUAUAAUUAAGAAAAGAGAAUUGUAUUAUUAUUAGAUAUUGUUAUUGUUGAUUGUAUUUUAUUGUAAGAUAUUAGAGUGUGUUAUUGAUUUGAUAUGCUUAUAUAUAAUUGUAAAUAUUGUUAUGUUAAUUAAAAUUGAUACGAAAUUGUACAUUAUACUACCAAACCAAAUAUGCAUAAGUGAUUCGUGACAUUCUUAAUAA